AUGAUCGCGAUUAGUGCGAACACUCAUCAGAUAACGAUAGUCGCAUUCGCGCUCGCUUCCGAGAGCGAAUUGGAAGUCCCAGACCACGGUAUCAACCCUGGUUUCCCACACAGCAGAAGAGAGGACAGUAUCUUUACCCUUCAAGCGACAAACAAUGUUCCCGCAGUAUCAUUCUACGGUGACUCCGGUCGCUGGCUUUUGAGCAGCUGCAUUGAUGGCAAGACAUCGAUGUGGGACUUGUACACCAAGCAGGAGGUGGCUACAUUCCAGUUAGGUUGGUGCGCAAGCGCAAGCGAUCUCUCGAAGCCGCCUCGUUACAUAUCUCACAGGUUCCUGUGCGACUGUCCGGGCGCGCAAAAUGUUCUUCACGGAGCCUGGGGUACUAUAGCGCUGGACACGCGAUCCGCAUACGAGUUACCGUUGGACGAAGACAUGACUGCAAGUUCAAAAUGUAGCUCGAGCGACUUCCUAGAUAUCUCCGACCAGAAGAAACGUUUCAAAGUUUCCGAAACCACCUCUCAUCAAUAUCAUCUCGACACAGACGACGAAGAGGACAGUACAGAUGACGAAGAAAUCGAAGUAGUCAGCGAAGCGAACGAGACAGACAACGAUGGAGAAGAUGAUAUUGAAUCGAAUCACCAGCUUCUCGGGAUGACCUUUGAGGAGUUGGCUCAAUCUGUAAGUGGAGUCUCUACUGUACCCUUUACGACAUGA